AUGAAGAAAUUUCUGCACUUAUUUCUGCUGCAAUUUUUAUUCGCAUCGGUUCGUUCGAUUGAAGAUAACGACGUUUUUAUUUUCGCUGAUAAUAAAUGGUGCAUUACAAACAGUAGCUCGGCUAUUACGUUCAGAAAUUAUCCAAAGGAUGGACAUUACAGUUCUUCUUUGUAUCCAGCAAUAAAAGACAAAAGUUUCAACUGUAAUUUCGAAGAUAAUGAAGAAUGUAACUAUAAAGAACCAUCCUGGCACACUGGUAACUGGAUCAAUCAAAAUUCCAUCUACAGUAUACUACCAAUUACUGAACCAAUUACAGAUGAAAGAUGGGAAAGCUUUCCGAUUGUAAAGACAAAAGGAGAUUUAUUUGUCGAUAAACUCCAAUACAAAGAAGUGUUAGUAAUUAGAGACAGGAAUAGAGACCACUUCGCUAUCCCUUUAUCUGUAAAAAUAGAAAAAGAGGCCCACAUUUAUUUGUGCGAUGGCGAGAAUCCCGUUGUAUCGAAUUGUUAUUGGAUUAUGUUGGGAAUGAGUGAUGGAAAAAUGUCAAAAAUUAGAAAAUGCAAUGCUGGACAAAUUAGUUACGAAUACGACGAAUAUCCAACCGAUCCUUAUUGUUCUAAUGGUUUAGUUCAAAAUAAUGUGAAUCCCUUAAACGAGGACGAGUGGAAACACUUUUUAAUUCGACGUCGUGGUGGUUUUUUGGGUAUAUAUCAAAACAACAAAAUUUUUCUACAUAUUACCGAUACAGAGAAGCCCUAUAAUACUAAAAAAGUGUUUGUGCAUUCGAAGAAAGCGGACGGGCUUUGGAAAAUACACGUUUAUAACUUUUUAGAGAGCAUAACUAAAAGCGAGAAUAAUGAUCCUCUGGGUCCUAGGUUUGAGGUAGAUACAGAAAUUUGCCUGUCGAUGUUCAUCAAAACAUCACCGGGAUCCACCCUAAGGAUACAAAUCAAACCUAAAGGAUAUAAUUUUUUUUCCGAAGUUUUUCAAACGGAGGGAAUUUGGAAAAAAAUAAAAAUUUAUCGCAAAAUCGAGAACAACCAGUUGAUAAAAACCGACUAUAAUUUUUAUAUCACGAGAAAAGGGAAAGGAUAUUGGGCUGUCGAUGACAUUAGGCGUUGUACAAACGAAGAAUAUCGCUAUAUAAAAUCAAAUGAUGAUGAUGAUGAAUGUCAUUUAUUGUCAUCAGACAAACCAACAAUUAUAAGUAUGAAGUCUAAAAAACGGGAAAUAUCUACAACUGGUAUUGAUUGUCGAGAAAAUAGCUUCAGCACGGCUUGCAUUCCUUGUAAAAUAUUUGGACAAGAAUACUGUCCAAAAUUGAAAUAUUGCGAUGUAGCUGAAAAAUGCUACUGUUCAGCCGGAUACACCGAUGUUAAAUGUAACAAAGAUUGCCCAAGAGGAACCUACGGUCAUGGAUGUCAGAAAAAAAGUUACUGCUCGAAAAAUAAUGAUCCUGUAACAGGAUAUUGUCCUGCGUCCUGUGAAACUCCUUUUACAGGAUCUACAUGCAACAUUAGUUCAACGCCAUUUUUCUUAAACGAUCCCCUUGUUGUCGAUAUUACAGAUACAAGCUUUAAUAUUCAACAAGUAGAUUUGCAGUAUGUGGGUAAUGGUGCCCAAUAUUAUACAUUUCAGUAUUCGAACGAUGAUGAUGGAUCAAAUAAAUGGGUCCAAGUUGAUGAGAAAAUACAUUUAAAUGUAUCAAAAAUAGUUAAAGUUACAGGCCUGGAACCCGAUACAAAUUACAGUGUUCGAGCCAUCAUUAUUGGAAGACAAAGCAGACUUGAAAAGUUUAGCAAAACUCGACAAAAUUUCACUACAAGUUGCCAAAAGCUUUCAAAAGACGAUGUAGUAAUCGAUACUUUCAAUACUAGUGCUAUAGUAAAGAUAAUGUUGCAUUUCAACAGUUGUAAAAUGUCGAAAUAUUUGUAUUGUUUGAAUACUUGUGUUAAUCUGCUCGGAAAUAAAUUUAAUAUCUCAUCUUUAACACCGCAUAAAGAAUAUAAUCUUAAAUUCGUUCACUCAAAUAAAACAGUAUUAAAUAUAACAUUUAAUACAACAGACGGAGUACCUUCUUUUGUAACUGACAUAACAGAAAAAUCAUCCGCUAAUUCGUUAGAAUUAAAUUGGGAAAAGCCCGAAACGGAAAAUGGAGAAAUUGUUGGUUACGAAAUAGCCUAUACAUUAUACAAACAUCUAGCUUGUAAUUUUAGAGAAAACAACCCUUUGAUAUACCAUCUAAACACAACCGAGAAGCACAUUAGACUGGAAAAUUUGCAGCCUUACAGUCGAUACGAAAUUAGUAUUAGAGCUUUAUCCAGAGCAUUUAAGGGAAAAUUUAAACCAAAACAAGUAAUAACGACAUCAUCCGAUGAAUUAUCACCGGACGAAAAAGUUUCUAUAUCACAGGUAAUUGUCGCAGGAUAUCCUCGAAUCCUGUGGAAUUCGAUUGACUGCUCAACUCGGAGAGGUCCAAUUUUUGUUCAAUCCAAAACAGUAUGCUUAUCCGAGUGGUGUGAUCGUUUAAACGAAACCAUUGUUGAUGAUUUUCCAUACCAACCCGAAGGAAAAACAUUAUUAACAAAAUUACAAUCCUAUUGCAACUACACAAUCACCCUAUCGAUUUCGAGGAAUAAAACCAACUGGCUAUUCAGCGAUUCAUUUAAUUUCACGUCCAAUCCAACCAGUCCCGGUUCUGUAACGCAAUUGAGUGUAUACUCAAAAAAUGAUAGUUCAAUUUCGCUUCGAUGGAAGAAACCCUAUCCUCCUACAGGUGUCUUAAAAGAAUAUAAAAUUGAUUAUUAUUAUUACUAUUUUUCAAUUAAAUAUACUAAUCGCAUAAUACUGAGAGCUUCAGAAGCUACAUGUAAUCUAUGGAAGGAAUUUCAUUGUGCUACAAUUACCAAAGAAGUAUACAAUAAUUAUGUUUACCAUAUAAAGGUGUUUGCAAACAAUGAGAAACCAGACGAAUUUGGUACAUCCAGCGCAAUAGAAAUAAAAAACACACAAGCGGGACCGGAACCGCCCUACAAUUUAAAUUACGAAUGGACGGACGACAACGAAUUAUUCGUAACAUUUUACCAUCCGAAUAACACGAACGGUAUACUGACGAGUUUCGAGUUAAUGGUAUUCGAUAAAAGCGAAUUAAAAUACAUUAACUACGAAAAUUACCAACUUCGAUACAAAUUUCAAUACGAAGAUCUGACAUUUUUAGCGACACGAAAAACCUGCAGUCGUUUCGAGAUGCACAUAAGAGCCCACAACACAUACACCUCAAGUAUAUUUACAAAGUUACAAAUAAUCGUUCCUCCUUCGAUACCCGCCGGUAUAAAAACGUUCAACUACAAAAGCGAAAUGACCUCGAUCGCUAUUCAUUUGAUAUUCACCCAGCCCUAUCCCGAUCGGGCGAUCAUUCUCCUCUCGAAAGGGAUCGAUGCCGAUGAACUUCGAUCGUUCGAAACGGGCGAUUUCAUCGAUCGAAAACCCCGAGGGAAUUUCACUUCUUUCUGGGUUGUGUACGACAACGAGAAUUUGGAUUCGCCCGUUGAGUUCGAGAUAGGCGAUGGGAAUUCCACCUGGCAGGAAUUGACGAAUCCCGCUUUGGAAUCCGGCAGGAAAUACACGAUUGUGGUGUAUCUGGUGAAUUACUGCCAGAACUUCCUGGCGAAGUGGAUGAAACAGGAAUGGGUGGUACAAACUGAAGGAGAAUCUGUGGGGCCCUCUAGCGAGGAGAUUUUUAUUGAUAACGAUAACGAUGGAGAGUCGGAUGAUGGGAGGAAUUUGUGGGCUUUGUUGUUGUUGGUUUUGAUUCCGAUUGUGCUCUUCGGUGUUUGGUUUGUCAAGAAGAAAAAUAUGGAUUUACAUCGGUUUAUGAACAGUAUCGGCUCCGAAUGCAGAUAA